AUACACCAUUAACAUCAUAAUUUCAUUCAUUGAUCCAAAUCUCAAUAUUUCAUCUCCUUUUUUCUUCAAAAACGCCACAACUAUGGCCGGAGGAAGAUCAAAGUCAAAGGCAUCGAAGAAGAAAGGCCUUACUGAGGCCACAACCUUUGCACCUCAACCCUUUCCGUACCUGGAUGGAUCCUUCCUUGAAUUUGGCUCGGAGGAAAAACUCACGCGCUUCCUCAAUCACUUUGCCAAACGCCCGAUUUCUCCGCCCAGGGUGCUGCCCGAGCUAUACCCUCAACAAAAGGGGUACCACGACCUCGACAAUCAGCUUCAAGCGUCAGGUCUGUGGUCGUUCGUCUCCAGGAGCCGUCAGUCCUACAAUCCCGCCUUUGUCCGGGCCUUCUACUCCAAUCUCCGCCGUGACAGGGACACCAUCCGCAGCAGCAUCAAUCUCUACGACGUAGAGAUUGAUUUGCCUACCUUUGCACGGAUCGCAGGGCUGCCCAUCUGCGGUGACGACAUCGCGACGUACGGUGGCGACGAUUGGAUCCUCAACAACGAGGCGGUCGUCAUUCGUGAGCUUGGGAUCACCAACUUGAUCCGCCACAGCGGCGCGCCGACGAUUCACUCAGCCCCACUGGACAAGCGCCUCCUCCUCUUCAUCAUCACCCGGAUUCUUCGCCCCCGGGACAACAGCCAUACCUCGCUCUUCAACGAGGAUUUGAAGGAGAUUCAUGCAAUCAUCCACGGCACGCAAUCUGUCAUGUGAAUCAUGACGAAUUUUGCCCAAUUGAUGGAGGCGCUGUGCAUGAUGGCGUGAAUCGCCUUCAAGUCCUCGUUGAAGAGCGAGGUGUGGCUGCCAUCCCGUGGGCAGAGGAUCUGGGUGAGGAUGUAGAGUAGGAGGCGCUUCUCCGGUGGGACCGAGUGGAUCGUCGGCUCCCCGCUGUGGCGGAUUAAGUUGGUGAUCCCAAGCUCGCGAAUGACGACCGCCUCGUUGUUGAGGAUCCAAUCGUCGCCACCGUAUGUCGCGAUGUCGUCACCGCAGAUGGGCAGCCCUGCGACCCGAGCAAAGACAGGCAAAUCAAUCUCUAUGUCGUAG